CAGUUGAUGCUACAUUUGUCUUUCAGAGGAUCUUAGACAGAGACUUUGAGAGUUUACAGCCUGAGAACAAGACAUAGAAAACAAGAGAAGGAAACACAAUGGUUGAAUUCAAAUCAUUUCACAUGUUUCUGAUCCUGAUGAUUCCAUUUACAGUAGACAACGUGGCAACACCACCACCAACAAGAACAACUAAAUUACCAACAACAACCAAAAGAACAACUAAAUUAUCAUCAACAAGCAAACGAACAACUAAAGUAACCAAAGCAACAACCAGACCAACAACAACUAAAGCAACCAGAACAACAACCAGACCAACACCACCACCACCAACAACAACAGACCCAGCAGCAGGAGAAACAAGCCCAAAUGCAGAUCUCCCAGCAAUUCUGAUCCCUGUAGCUGUUGUUUCAGCAGCACUCUUGAUCAUCAUUGUGGCAGUCAUCAGAUGGAAGGGAGCUAAAGAGAACAACACCCAGUUGGACGACAACACUGCUGAUCCUCCAGAUGGUGUUUCCUACGCCUCCAUCCGCUACAAGAAGAAGACCAAGAGAAAAGCCCGGGUUCAGGGUGAAGAUGAUAUGGUGACCUACAGCACUCUCAACACUUUCUCCACCUCUGCUGGAGCUUCCACUGAUCCCAGGAGGCUCUACAUCUCCAUCAACAAGACCAACACAUAAGAGGCCACAGUGUAGCUACACCUGUAAUCAUUACAUUUAUUUCACAUUGAUAAAUGAUCAGUUCAAGCUUCUGAUUACUUCAUACUACUGUGGGAGAGUUUUCUUUGUAUCUCAAACCUGGUAAAAUAUGAUAUAGUUUAUCUUCAUAAUCAGUUAUUUAGCUUGUUUAUUUUGUGUGAUUACUUUGCUGGAAACAUGAAGAGGAAGACAGAUAUAGAACAAAUUUGAGUUAUUUUCUAUUAUACUGCUGUAAAUUUUCUAUACAAUAUAACAAUAUUUUUUUCUCUUUUUUAUGAUUGCUGUAUGAAUAUUUUAUUAACUGCUGUAAAACCUUGUUGUCCAUAAGGUGGUGAAGUAGAUUCAGGGUAUCAAACUCUCAAAAGUAGAGUCAUGUGGCUGAUUGUUGUAUUUACAUAAAAAAUAAGUAAGAAUAUUAUUGUACAUUUUCCAAAAUAACCUUACUUUUUCUAAAUGUUUUUUGUUCAUCUUGUCAUUACCUUCUUUUUAAACAUAUAUCUGUUAUUGUUUAACAUGUAAUAAGUUGAGGAUGACAUCACUUCUUCAUUAGUUAUCAUCCUUGAGAGUCAUUAAUUCAGCAGCAGGAAAGGAGUUGAUGAUUUGUUGUACAGUUUGAGGAGAAAUCAGGUAGUUUUCAUGCUUGUUCAGAUGUAUUUAGAAGUCAUUUAUGUUUGAUGCAGUUUGUGUAAAAAAAAAGGGACUGUUGGAAAAGUGAAAUAA